AUGACGAUGGCUACCGGGGGUAUUGCGAAUGUGUUGCACUCAAUGCCGUACAAGUCGCAAUGGCUGAGUAGCAUUGGGUUGGCUUUCCUCUUUUUGAACCUCUGUCUCUUCGUCAUGAACUGCGUCUUGAUUUCGCUGCGGUUCUACUGGCGGCCCGGGAGCCUGGUUGCCUCGUUCACAGACCAGUUUGAGAGUCUGUUCAUCUCGGCCAUUGCUCUCAUAUUUCCCGACAGAACAGCCACAAUACUGAUAACCAUAACCCAAUACGGCAUUCCCCAUACCGGGCCGUGGCUCCUCACCGUUAUGGAGGCCCUCUUCUGGAUCUACCUUGCCGCCAGCAUCCUCAUCAGCGCCGGCCUCUACCUGACUCUUUGGUCAACCCAAGCCUUCCCAAUCCACACAAUGACCCCCGUUUGGGUCUUUCCAGCAUACCCCCUCCUCCUGAGCGCCCCUUUCGGAGGCAACCUGAUCGCUGCCGCCGUCCGCACGGGCCGACUGCCGUCCCUCCACGCCGUGCCCGUCGCGCUGGCGGCCGUCACGGUGCAGGGCACCGGGUUCCUUAUCAGCUUCAUGGUGUGCGCGGCGUUUCUGUACCGGUUGAUGACGCAGAAGCUGCCGAGGGAUCAUCAGCGGCCGGGCGUGUUUAUCUCGAUUGGACCUGGGGGGUUCACGGCUGCUGGGCUAGUGCAGAUAGGGAGUCAGACGACGGCCAUCUUCCCCCGUGAGUUCCUAGGCUCAGAGCACACGGCCCACGUGCUGCGGAUUCUGGCCUACAUGACCGGGCUGUGGCUGUGGGGACUGAGCAUCUGGUUCUUCUUGGUCUCGGUGGGCUCGCUGUGGAAGUACCUGCGGCCCGAGAGCAAGGGGAAGCUGCGGUUCCAAAUGACGUGGUUUUCGUUUGUGUUUCCGAACACCGCGCUGGUGACGGCCACGGAAGCACUCGGCGCCGCGUUUGACAGCCCCGGACUUCAGAUCUUUGGUUGCGUGCUGACUGCGUGCUUGAUGCUGGUGUGGGUUUUGGUGUUUACCAAGAUGCUGCGUUGUCUGUGGAGGCGGGAACUGCUCUGGCCAAAGGAAGCAGACUAGAAGUCAGUUCUCAGUCAACACCUGGGGAUAGAUGGUGAGCGCCUCGAGAACACCAUCCCCCGGUUUAAAUAGCGAUUUCGUUUCAUAUAUGUCGGCACUGGAGGAUUUCCUCAGGUCCUUGGGAGUCUAGUAUGCAUGGUUCUGGCGUUCCGUUUGGUGUCCUGGUGUCAUGAUUACAUAGCGAAUGGAUAUCCCCUAGUACAAGAAACAGAAAUGGACUCAAGACAUGCUCUCAUUUCACCCCUGGCAAAACAUGAAUAUCCUGCAAUCCCACCCGUUGCCGUAAGAGUCUAAAGAACUAAAAGCUUGCCUUGUUCUUAUCCCCAGACCGGGAGAAAAGGAAUACCCGUCCAUUCCAAACCCUUUCUCUGCCUUUAUAUCCCAUCGCUUGUCCCAAUAAAACCGACCAAGUACGAUUAAAUGUAACGCACCAGCAAACGCCUCUCCC